AGCAAUCUUCUUUUCCUUCGAAAUUGAAGCAAGCGGCUAGGCAAUUGAUAUAUUAAACACUAUAAAUAUUGUAAAUUUUUUUAUAUAUAAAAUUUAAUAUAUAAAAUGGGUAAAAAAGAUAAAAAUAAGAAAAAAGGUAAAGGAGCUGAAAAAACAGCAAUGAAAACAGAUAAGAAACUUGCUGCAAAACAAAAGAAGCUGCUUUUAAAAAUUGGCGAGGCUGCUAUUGAAGAAAUCGUUGCAAAUUUAGAAAGUGAAGAAGCACGUUUAAAAGAAGUUACAGAAACAAUAUGUGAAUGUCCAAGUCCACGAUCAAAUUUUACAUUAACAGCUCAUCCGGAAAAAGAUGAAAUAAUCCUUUUUGGGGGAGAAUUUUUUAAUGGACAAAAAAUUUGUAUUUAUAAUGAUUUGUACUUUUAUAAUAUCAGUAAAAAUGAGUGGAGAUUAGUGAAAUCACCAUCUGGUCCAGCACCAAGAAGUGGUCACCAGAUGUGUAGUGUAGCUAAAGAAGGUGGACAAUUGUGGUUAUUUGGAGGAGAACAUGCGAGUCCUUCACAAAUGCAAUUUUAUCAUUACAAAGAUCUGUGGGUUUUUCAAUUGGCAAAUAAAAGAUGGGAAAAAAUAUCUGCACCAAAUGGACCAUCACCACGUAGUGGACAUCGAAUGACUGUUACAAAAAAGAAAUUAAUUGUAUUUGGUGGUUUUCAUGAUAAUAAUCAAGCAUAUAAAUAUUUUAAUGAUGUUCAUAUGUUUUCUUUGGAAUCAUAUACUUGGUUAAAAAUUGAUAUUACGGGUACUAUUUUACCUCCUCCAAGAUCUGGUUGCUGUAUAUCAGCAUCACCUGAUGGUAAGAUUCUUAUAUGGGGUGGUUACAGUAAGUCUCAAGUUAAAAAAGAAAUCGACAGGGGGACCACUCACACGGAUAUGUUUGCUUUAACUCCGGACAAAUCGCAACCAAAUGAAAAAUUCAAAUGGACAACAGUAAAACCUGGUGGAUUUAAACCUUUACCACGUAGUAGUGUUGGCUUUGCUCAAGCUGCUAACGGAAAAGUUUAUUGUUUUGGUGGUGUAAUGGAUAUAGAAGAAGAUGAAGAAAAUUUGAGAGGUCAAUUUGGUAAUGAGCUUUAUUGUUUAGACAUUUCAAAUAAUACAUGGCGCUUGCUGGAUAUACAUAAAAAAGAAAAAUCUAAAGGAAAAAAAACUGGAGUUGCCGACUGUGAAAUGGACGAAAGUAAAGAAGAAACAAAAACUCAAACAACUACUGAUGGUAUUUUUACAAUAACUGUGGCUGGACCUAGUUCAUCGUCAUCCGAAAUACAUACACAUAAAGAAGGUACGAUAUCAAAAUUUGAACCAUCACAUCGAAUGAAUGCUGGCUUAUGUGUUAUAAAGGGAAAUCUUUAUGUUUAUGGUGGGAUUUAUGAAGAUGAUUACAAUAAACAAUUCACUUAUAACGAUUUAUAUUCAUUGGAUCUGCAUAAAUUGGAUGAAUGGAAAACUAUAAUAACAAACACCCAACAUGAUUGGAUGGAUGAUGAUUAUGAUAAAGAUAGUAGUGGUUCUGAAACUGGUAGUGACAGUGAAACUGAAACUGAUGAAGAUGAAGACGGUGAAAGUAUGGAAACAGAUUAAGAAAAGUUACUAUGUUUUUUUUUGUGUGUCUCAAUUUUGCUUUUCAACAAAUUUGUGUUAUUUGCAGAUUUUAUACUUAACGUAAUUAUUGAAUGAGAAACCAAUUAUUUUUAUAUUUUAAAUAAAAAUAUACGUCUACUUAUUUUAUAUUCUGCUAGUAUAA